GCUCAGUCUCCUUGGCGCUCGGCUCCGGGCAGCGAGGCUCCUGCCCGGCUGUGCGCACAGCUCCCGCGCGUCGACCCCGCAGACCCCGCAGACCCCCGGCUCCGGGGGCGGCCUGGCCCCGCUCACCGCGGCCCGCGGAGCUCCGGGGGCGCCUCACUGAGCGGCGGCGUGUGCAGAGGAAGAAGGCGAAACGAAGGCUGGGGCAGGGGCCCGGGCAGGGGCUGGGGCCCGGGCAGGGCAAGCGCAGAGGAGCGGCGGCGGCGGCGGCGGCGGCGGAGGGAGGGAGCAGAAGGCAACUUCGGGCGGGAAGUUGCGGGGAACCAGCGCAGUCGGCACAUCAGGAAAAGUCGAUCGCGGCCGCGGCGGCAUAAAAGUGAGAGCGGCCGGCCAGAGAGGCCGGCGAGGCGGCUCAGCCACAGGUGCCCCCGGGAGCCCGCACCCCGCACCCGCACCCGCACCCCGCCCCCACCCAGCUCGGGACCCGGCUCCAGUCACUCCGCGUCCGAGCGCCCCGCCGCCGCCACCGCCGCCGCCGCGGGGGGAGCCGAGCGGGAGCCCCGCGCUCAGGAGGGAGCGGCCGGGGGCACUCUGGGGCUCGCAGGAGCUCGUGUUUUCGGCUCUGAGAAGGUCCCCGCCCAACCUUCAAAAUUUUGUCCAAAGGCAGACAAGAGGAUCGCCCCGCGCUGAGCCGGCUGGUGGGCAGCAGGAGGCGCCUGAUAGCCGCCGGGGCGCUGGGGGUGGUGAUGGUGCUGCUGCUGGUCAUCCUCAUCCCGGUGCUGGUGAGCUCGGCGGGCACGUCGGCGCACUACGAGAUGCUGGGCACCUGCCGCAUGGUCUGCGACCCCUAUGGCGGCACCAAGGCGCCCAGCACGGCCGCCACGCCCGACCGCGGCCUCAUGCAGUCGCUGCCCACCUUCAUCCAGGGCCCCAAAGGCGAGGCCGGCCGGCCGGGCAAGGCGGGCCCGCGGGGCCCCCCCGGGGAACCGGGACCUCCGGGCCCCGUGGGCCCCCCGGGUGAGAAGGGCGAGCCGGGCCGUCAGGGGCUGCCGGGCCCGCCGGGGGCGCCGGGGCUGAGCGCGGCCGGGGCCAUCAGCGCGGCCACCUACAGCACGGUGCCCAAGAUCGCCUUCUACGCCGGCCUCAAGCGGCAGCACGAAGGCUACGAGGUGCUCAAGUUCGACGACGUGGUGACCAACCUGGGCAACCACUACGACCCCACCACGGGCAAGUUCACCUGCUCCAUCCCCGGCAUCUACUUCUUCACCUACCACGUCCUGAUGCGGGGGGGCGACGGCACCAGCAUGUGGGCCGAUCUCUGCAAGAACAACCAGGUGCGUGCUAGUGCAAUCGCCCAAGACGCCGAUCAGAAUUACGACUAUGCCAGCAACAGUGUGGUUCUUCACUUGGAGCCAGGAGAUGAAGUCUACAUCAAGUUAGACGGCGGGAAAGCCCAUGGAGGAAACAACAACAAAUACAGCACAUUCUCUGGAUUUAUCAUUUAUGCUGACUGAUGAGACAGAAGCUUAAUUCCACGCUGAGUUUGGACUCUGGAUUUGGCUGGCUCGUGUCUGUGAAGCAGAGAUCCCCAGGGGAUGUCAGUUGUGGGGCGCCUCCAUUGUGUAUAUGUGGGGAAAUCCAGUGCUACCUGACUCACAUCUGUAUACUCAGAAACAUUGUGUAAAAAAAAUAUUAAAAGCAAGAUAAGCAGAUGUGUGAUCCUCUACCGCCAAAGCAAAUAUUCGUUAUCGUUAGUGUCCAUGUGAAUGACGUCCUAUAUAGAUCACAAAUUUUUAUAGAGAAAUCUAAGACACUGAAUUAUUUCUUCAAUAUAUAUGAUACUUUGGUGUACUGUGAUCUUGCUGCUUUUAUCCAUAUGUCAGCUUUGGUUCUCGUGAGUUUACCUGCUUAUUAUGAUAUUUGGAAUCCAUUCAUAGUGUGGGGGCAGAAUGAUUUUGACCCUGCAGGAGAAGGUCUGAUUGAAUUAAUGCUGCUUGUCCCCAAAGAAAUUGUUUGCCUUGUAUUCUUGUUAGCUCUAGAGCUAGACAUGGGAAUGAUUCAACUUCAAGCCUUAACCUGGACUUUUCUGGAUCUGAGGGAAUUCCCAAGCCUACGGAUCAUUUUCACCUUUUCUUUUUCUUAUGAAUUUCCCCCCUCUCUUUUCUAGUGAUAGUCUUUAAAGGUAGAAAUCUUUGCAGUUGUAUCAUAGGAUUAUCUUCUUAGUGUGAAAAUGUGUAACUAUGUAUGGUAUUUAGAAAAUCCCCUCUGUGUCCAUUUUGUCAGUAGAAUACAUUUAGAUUGACUUGGAAAGUCAGAGAAUUUUAUUCAUUGGUGUUAAAUCAGACUGAAGCAUUUUGCCUUCUUUGGAACAAAAGAUUAUUCAUAACCCAAUGCACAAAGGUUUAAUUUGAGCUACUACAUGUGUUGCCAAGGGGACAUUAAGUAAGGCCUUCCAACAGUUACUACCUGUUAGUGGCCCAAGGUUAUUUCAAAAUGAACAAUUCCACAUAUAACUAGUAUGACAAGUGUAUAUAUUUUAUACAAAUGUUUGCUACAUAUAUGUAGCAUUUCAUCUAACACAUAUAUACAUACAUACACAUAUACUUGUAAGAUGAAAUAUAAUAUACAUAUGGCUGCAGACCAUAGGCAGAGUGGCUAUGCAGCCACAAACAUUUACUUUAAAAAAUAUGUAUAUGUGCACACACAUAUAAAUUAUUUGACUUAUUUUGGAAUGAAAUCUAUUUUGAAUGACAAAAUAUAUAUGAAGUAUCAAAGAAACUACAUGACUGUAAGAAAAUUAUACCCAGAAAAUUAUAUUAAGUUAAAAUGCCCUAUAUGCCCUGUGACUGUAAACUAAGGUUAUGGUUUCUUUAUUAGCAUCUACCAAUCAAUACUUGUAGUGCAUCUUCUGGCAGGCAGGCUGCUCUUACCAGGACUGCAGAAGCAAAACAGAAGUUGCUAUGUUUAUAAAUUACAUGCAUUUGAUUUAUCAAUUUCUUUCUUUCUCCUCCUGCUCCCCAGGUAAAUUGAAGCCAAUAUAGUGCAGUAGAUUUGGAGACUAAUGCAGAUCCUCUUACUUUGGUUACAUCACACUGCCCAAAGUCAGCUCUUUAAUCUAAGAAAAAGAUUUAAAAAUGCAUGUUGAUAUAUCCUAACUACCAGACAACUUUCACUGUUAUGAUGAAAAAUCUGUUUCUUUCUCAGUUGCCUUUGAAGUCUCUGCUGAGUGGAUAUCAAAAAUAAGAGAUUUAAAAAUUUACUCUCUCUUUUAACUGAUGAAGGACAUUUGCAUUUAAAGGAAUUAGCUUGUUCUGGCUCACUUCUGUUUGGCACUGUGUAUUUUAAUCUACAGAAAACACUAUCAUCUUUGAGCCAUAGAAAUAUCUUUUGUUUAGCAAAUCUUAACUUCCCAAAAGAGUUACGCAUUGUGUUCCUGUCCGAAGUUGUGGUUUGCUUUGCUUGGUCUGAGGACCUGCCAUGAUUUAUCUGGUGCAAACAGUCUCUUCAUUAGGAAUAAUUUCUGCUUUAAUUUGGCUCUUCUGAUAGGUAAGAUAAUUCCUAAAGGAAUCAAAAUAAUUUGAUUUCUAUUUGACAAUAUGUAUUUAUCUAAAAGGAGUUGUCAAUAAGAACUUAGAGAUUUUUUUGUUUGCUUGUGAGGAUUCAACCAAAAGUUAACAAGUGAGGAUUCAACCAAAAGUUCAUUUAUAAACAGGCAGUGCAUAUCAACUAAGAGUUUUUUUCUUUAAAGAAAAUUGGCUUUAUUUACAUCAAAAUCAGGUCUCUGUACCUUUUAAGGAAUAGGCUUUAGAGUCAAACCGUCAUUUCUAAUAGGUCUGACCUUUUCUUUGCAGAAGAAAUAAGCUUUAGUUUCUCUGUUUAAGCCCAAGGUAAAGGAAAUAAAGGGAAUAUAUAUAAGGCAAACAUUUCUCUUUUUUGCAUUAUAUCUUAUUGAUUAAAUUGUGGCCUUUGUUAUUAUAAAUGUAAUGAUUCAUUAAACUAUAUUAUGUAAUAUA